AUGUCUACGAAUAAACUAGAAGGGAAAGUAGCUAUCGUCACCGGCGGAGCAAGUGGCAUCGGAGAAGCCACCGCUCGUCUGUUUGCAAAACAAGGUGUCCGUGGGGUGGUGAUCGCUGAUGUCCAAGACGAGCUCGGCAAAAACCUAUCUGCAUCCAUCGGCUCGGACCGUAGCACCUACAUCCAUUGUGACGUCUCCGACGAAACCCAAGUUAAGUCACUGGUCGACCAGACGGUGGCUAAAUACGGCCAUCUUGAUAUUAUGUUUAGCAAUGCCGGGAUCGCGAGUAAAGGCGAGCAGACAGUUGUUGACAUGGAUCUGAACGAAUUUGAAAAGUUGUUUUCCAUUAAUGUUCGAGGGACGGUGUUGUGCCUGAAGUAUGCCGCACGUUCUAUGAUUGAGAAAAAGGUGAAAGGAAACAUUAUUUGCACGGCUAGCGUGCUGGGCCGGAGAGGCGUGCCACGACGUACGGAUUAUUGCAUGUCGAAGCAUGCAGUGGUGGGGUUGAUGAAAUCGGCGACCAAGCAGUUGGGGAAGUAUGGAAUCCGAGUGAAUGCUGUUUCGCCUUUUGCUGUGGCGACACCGUUGAUGUGCAAUGUGCAUGACAAAGGGGCCGAAGAAGUGGAAAAGAUGUAUGAAUCGAUGAGUAGCUUGAAAGAUGUGGUGUUGAAAGCAGAUGAUAUUGCCGACGCCGUGUUGUUCCUUGCCUCCCAGGAAUCUAGAUUUAUCACUGGGGUUGAUAUGGCUAUCGACGGCGGUUUUGAUGUUUGA